AUGCCGCCCGGCCGCGGCGGCGAGAGGCUCGACCGGGCCCGGCCGCCCCCGCCCGCAGGCCGCGGCGCGGGCUCCCGGCGGGGGCGGGCGGACGGGCCCGAGCUCGAGCAGCGGCGAACGGAAACGGGCGGGGCGGGGGCGUGCGCGCUCACCGGCCCGGCGCGACGCGGCGCGCGCUGCGCUCCCUCAGCCCGGCCCCGCCCGGCCGCCGCCUCCGGCCCGCGCCCGCGCGCGCGCGCGCGCGCCCCCGCCCGCCCCUACGGCCAAUCGGAGCGGCCGGGCGCGGGGGCUGCCGGGAAGGGGCGCUAUAAAAGUCCGGGUGCUAUUUACGCCGCGCGGGUUGGGCGGUUGCGCCUGCGCUCUGAGGGGGGGCGGCCGCGCGCCGGGCUGGGGCCCGCCGCCGCCGGUGAGGGCCCGCCGCGCUGCCCGCUCCCUCCCCGCGGCCGAGGGCGGUCUGAGCGGACGCCCCGAGGCCUUCCCCGGCGGAGGAGGGGGUGUGUGCGUGCGCUUCCUCGGCUUAUCUUCGAGCCGGGUGAGCUGCGGGGCUCCUUCGGCCCCAGCAGUGCUUGUCCCGUGGGGGAGCCAGCGGUGUUGGAAAGCCGGCUGCCGGGCACGGCUCCCCGGCCGGUCUCGCUAGGCCGGGGGGGAAGGCGGCUGCGGUGGGGAGUUGUUGUGUCAGGGCGCCCUGUUUGUCUACAGGCCUUUCAGAUGAGCCUCUUUGGGCCGGGAGUUGGUUCCCUGUUUCUUCCAGUCGAGCCGUUAAGAAAAACGGAGUGGAGCUGGAAGAAGCCGAGGAGCUGGCAGGCAGCGCAGGAGAGAGCUAGAAGGGUCGGACUCUGUGCCACGUCUCACUGCCAGGAUCUUCUGAGCACGUCUCUGGUGUGCCUGAUGGCAAGGAUUGCCGUUAUCUCGGGAUGCAGAUGCAACAACCCCAUUGUCGAUGCAGUGCUGCCUUUGUGUCUUGGAGGAACGGCAUCCAAAGUGAACUUCGUGAAGCUCAGCUCACCUUCUCCAGCAGAUAAAGGCACCCAGGGCAACUGAGAGAGGAAGGACAAUGGCACAUCUUGCUGGGUCAAGGGAGCAGGG